UUAAGAAAAUAAGCAAAAUUAAGAUAUUUAUUUUAAUUGCAAAUAAAUAGAAUCAAUAAAUUCUAAGUAAGCACAUUCAUUAUCUUUUCCUUAAUGAGUUUUUAGGCAAAGCUAAAUCUUUAGCUAAAUUAGAAUUCCACUGGAGUGAAGAGUUUAAAUUCAACAGCUUCUAAUUUUCGUUCUAGUUCUCACCAACCAUCUUCCCUGUAGCUUUAGCAUGAUUUAAUUACCUAAAUAUAUUCAAAUUAGCAAGUAAAUUAAAUAAAAUCUACAUUAGCGAAAGUAGAUACUAUAAAAAACAUGAACACACAUAAUAAUAGCAGUUUAAUAGCUGGUUAACACAUGUUUUCAAGUAUUGGAAAUAGUAAAAUUUAGAAUAUUUCAUAAAACACUGUAAGUAAGGACACAGAAUAAACUAUUUCUUAAUAGCAGUAAGGAGAGCUAGAAUAAAAGCAUGCACAAUAAAUACCAAUACCAUAAAUUACACUAAACAAUGGUUUACAGCUAACUCAAAACAAUCGCAAGUCAAUUCAAAAUAAAUUAAGUAAUGAGUCUCUAAUGUAGGACUUUAAAAAUUAAAAAAGGAUCUCUUAUUCUCAUAAGGCUCUUAAUUUUUCUCCUUCUAAUUAGAAUAAACAGGCAAAAAAUAUCCACCUUAAUAUAGGAGCUAAUUUCUAAUAAUCUUAAAGAAAUAGCUUCGCAAACAAUAACUUAAGCCAUAAUAAUCAGCAACAAAAUUCUAUUUAAUCUACACUUCUGCAAUAAAUAUAACAAUAAAGCGGAAGUGGCGCAUAAUGGAGUAGCUCUUAAAGCCCUUUAUAAAACAGCAGCAUUUCUUAGGCGAAUUCUUAAAUUUAAUAAAUUAACUUUUAGCAUGUAAAAGGUGUUUUUUCACCAAUGAAAUCCCUUUUUAAAAACCAAAAUACAACUGAUUUCACAUAGUCUCAUGCUUAAUUUAAUAAGACGUUUUAAAUAUAACCGCACUCUGCUACUGGCAACCCUUCUGCACUUUAGUAGCUGUAUCUACAACAAAUUCCUUAGCAACCGAAUUAACAAGUUCAAUCAGCUAAAAACAAAGAUUUAAAGGGACCUUUCUUCUUUCCAUCCAGUAAAAAAUAAUAAAUAAUACCAAGCAAUACAGCUGUAAAUGGCAGCAACUUUUCCAAUACAAACAAAUCUAUAAGAAAUGCUUCCAUUUAAGAACUUUAAAGCUAUUAAGCUCCUUAUCACACUCAAAAUCAAUUAUAAACUCACAAUAGCCUUGUUAGUGAAACUGUUUUCACAAAAGGCUCUGCUAAUAACUUAGAUCUGAAUCUAUUAAAGCUUGAAAGAGAGUAAUUAAAAGAAAGGAUAGAUAAAUUAGAUUCAGAAAAAUUUGAUUUAAAUAAAUUGCUUACAAUUUCUAAUUAGAUAAAAGAUUUAGCCAUUUUAUAAUUAAAAAGACUCAUUGAACAAAAAGCUCCGAUUAACCUUUUUGAAAAUGAUUGCUUUAAAAAUAUAUUGUAAAUGGAGUAGCAAUAUGUGUAAGAAAGUCUGUCUUAAGCUGAUUCUUUGACUAAUUUGGUAAAACAGUCUCCUAACUCUAAAGCCUUAGCUGAAUUUAGGAAAGCAUCCUUGAUUAAAUAGAAUCAACAACCUAUUGAAGAUAUCUAAUCUUAUAAAUCUACAAGUUAGCAACCAAGAUCAUCUUUACCAACUUCUCCUAAGAGAAAAAUUCAUUUCGAUAAAGUAAAGGAUAAGGUUAUUUAAAUAAGCUCAUUCGAUAAAACAGGCAAAAAUAAAACUAAGUUUUCAAAUAACGAUUCUAAUAAUAUGAAUAAAACAACCAACGUGAGCUAAAACACUGGAAAUAAUUUAAGCAAUAAUUUGACUCAUCAAAAUAGCUUAGCAAACUAAGUAAGUGGCCACUCUUCAUCAAAUAUAACUCUUUACAACCAUAAAUUCAGCUCUGAAGAUAAUACUAAAAACACUUCUCAAAUUAUAGGUAUGAUUCAACCUGCUAUUAUGAUUUAAGAAGAGUUACAAAAAAUAAAACUAAGAAUGAUUGAAGUGCUAAAGUUAAAAAGUCAGUGUCCAAUGUGCUCUAAAAAAAGUAUAUCAUUAAAACCUCAUGAAGAAGUAGCAUAAAAUGCAAUAUAAAAAAACUAAAUCAAUAGUCCGAGCAUACAAUAAAAAGGUUUUAAAUUCACUAUUUAAAGAAAAAGUGAGUGCAUCAAUUUAAAUGACAUCUAAAAGAUUAAUUAUGGAACUGAUAGCGAAAAAGAUAAAAUAAAAAGUUAUCGCUGA